ACGGACUCUUUAUGGUCUGGUUGCUGUGGACCUUGUCCGUCCGGUGUCUCAGUCUGAGCAGGAACACACACUCAGGACUCCAUGAGCUCGUCCACAGACUGUCACGAUGCCAUGGACUUCCCACGUUUCACCUUUAAUCCAAAGGAGGGGAUUGAUAAUCCAGCUCUGGUCAUCACUGAUGAUCCUGAGCCGGAUCAGGCCGUGGUUCCCAGACUGUGCCAGCUGAAGCGUCUGGAGGGACAGAGCUUUGGAUUCUACCUGCGGAUGGAUCAGAGCAGCCGGAGCUUCGAGAUCGGGGAUGUGGAGCCGUGGAGUCCUGCAGAGCACAGCGGGCUCCGAGAUGGAGACCGGGUCCUGGAGGUCAACGAGGACUAUGUGGGCAACAUGGACUUCUUCAGGGUAGUGAGGAAGAUCCAGUCGUGUGGUUUACACCUCUUCCUCCUGGUGCUGAGGAGAGCCGAGUAUGAACAGGCUGUGUCUUCAGGUGUGGACCUGAAGACUCUGGCCCAGGUCUCCAAAGGGGACCGCUGGUCCAGACCCAGACUGUGUCACAUCAGCAGAGACCCAGAGAGAGGCCUGGGGAUGAGCCUCCUCUCAGUGGAGGGUCAGAAGGGUCAGUAUCUGGUGAGCACAGUCACUGGCGGUCCAGCAGAGAAAGCUGGAGUCUGCAGCGGAGACAGACUGAUCUGGAUCAACGGAGUCCUGGUCUCAGCGCUCACGCACUCCACUCUCAGCAGAACUGUGAAGAGGGGCGGGGCCUCGGUGACGGUGCUGGUCGCUGACCGUGAUAGUGAGGCCUCCUACCUCAGGAGAAAGAUGCCCAUCCUGCCUGUGGUCUCCGAGUGCUGCAGACUCCCCCACACCACCAAGGCCAUGCACCUGGCUAAAGGCCUGGACGGGUUCGGCUUCCUGCUGAGACAGGAGAGGCUGGCAGGCUCUCCACAGAUAGUCCAUGUGCUGAGGGAGGUGGAUGUGGGAAGUCCAGCUGAGUUGGCGGGGAUGGAGGAUGGAGACCUGCUGCUGGCUGUCAACGGGGAACCUGUUGAGUCCAUGGAGCAUGAGGACAUAGUCAAGAGGAUCAGACAGAGUGGAGACACAGUCAUCCUCACCUCGAUCUCCAUAACAGGAAGAGAAUUCUACAGAGAGUUGGACAUCUCUCCCCUGUUGUUCCAUCACAUCUGGACCCUGGACAGGACGCAGACCAAGAACCAGAGAAGACAGGAGACAGACUCAGACCAGUCAGGACCUUCAACCACACAACUGUCAGGCGACACUUUCCUGUGAUGUCAUCAGCUCAGAAGAGGAAGAGGAAGAGGAAGAGGAGCUCAAGUCUCUGGGACCAGGACCUGGAUGGUCUACAGUCUGUAGCGGACUUUGGUCUAUGACCAAAUCUAUAAAGAGAUUUUCUUUUUUCUGUCAAUUAUGAAAAUAACAUCAUUUAGUGAAAAUCCUUCUAAUACACUGAAAUAUAAUUUUCUUUAAUAUACUGUAAAGCACUAUAAUAUACUGUAAUAUACUGUAAGAUAACAGCUUUGUAAUGUCACUGAAAUA